GUCUUCUAGUCUCAAUCAAAUCGGUGAAACAAAGAUAAAGAGGAAAAGAAAGAAAAAGGCAAAAAGCUUCGGUAAGAGCAAGCAAAGGCGGAACCAGUUAAUUUGUACUGAGAAAAAAAAAAGGUUUUUUAUUCAGAAAACUAUUCGGAUCAGAAUCAGAUUUUCAGACGAAUCAAACCAAUGGUUUCAGUGCCGGAAAAGUGGAGUUUGGAGAAUUCUAGAGGCAUUAGGUAACAGCUCACAUGGUUGGUACUUGGUAUUGGUGUCGCUGAGCGAUCAAGUGGAAGCUCUCGGAGUCGAAAAUGGCGGAAGUGAGAGGAUCGAACACGUGGAGGGACGAGCUGGCGAGCCUCGUGGAGGACACCGGAAUUCGGUAUGUCGCCGAUCCGAUCAUGGUCUCUAUGCCGGCGUUCGAGGCGGAGGCGGCGACGAUAACGGCCGAUUACGUCUCAGAAGAGGCGCGGGACGACAAAUCGGAGCCGUCGGAGAGCUUGAAGGAGCAGAUGAGGGGUUUCGCGAUGGCGUGGGGGGAGAUUCUGAUGGAAUUGGGGAGAGGAUGUAGGGACAUUGUGCAGCAGAGCUUUCUGACUGAGGAUUCCUACAUCGUGAGGAAGCUUCAAAAGCCGUGCGCAAGAGCUUCGGCGAAAUUGAGAUACUUCAACGAGUUCUUGCCCGAGGAUCGCGAUCCGGCUCACGCCUGGCCAGUGGUAUUCUUCGUUUUCAUUCUCGCAUUGGCAGCUAUGAAUGUAAAUACCAAAGAUGGCAGCUUGGUCCCGCCUGUGAAGAAAGUGAGAAUACACCCUCCAAAUGCUACCCGUAUACUGCUUCCAGAUGGGAGACACAUGGCUUAUCUUGAGCAAGGUGUCCCAGCUGACAGAGCUAGAUUUUCUAUAAUUAGUCCACAUUCUUUCCUUUCAUCUCGACUUGCAGGCAUACCUGGAAUCAAGAUGUCAUUGCUUGAAAAUUUUGGUGUUCGCUUUGUCACAUACGAUCUUCCUGGUUUUGGGGAGAGUGAUCCUCAUCCCAGCAGGAAUCUCAACUCAUCAGCAUUUGAUAUGUUACACCUAGCUGACGCCGUCGGCAUUAGUGACAAGUUCUGGGUGCUGGCCCACUCAGGUGGAAGCAUGCAUGCUUGGGCAGCGCUUAAGUACAUCCCCAACAAAGUUGCAGGUGCAGCCUUGUUUGCCCCAAUGAUGAAUCCAUAUGAGCCUGGCAUGACCAGAGAAGAGAUGAAAAGGACGUGGGAAAAUUGGUUGCCAAGAAGAAAAUUUAUGCAUUUCUUAGCUCGCAGGUUUCCAAGAUUUCUCUCCUCAUUCUAUCAUCGCAGCUUCCUCUCUGGAAAGCUAGGGCGGAUUGAUAAGUGGUUAUCUUUCUCACUGGGAAAGAAGGAUGAACUUUUAAUUGAAGAACCAAAAUUUGAAGAGCUAUGGGAUAGGAAUAUGGAGGAAUCAAUCCGCCAGGCAAAUGUUAAACCAUUUAUAGAGGAAGCUAGAAUGCAAGUUUCAGAUUGGGGUUUUAGGUUGUCUGAACUUCAGGUGCAGAGAAGAUGUCAGGGAAGAGGAAUUCUUCCUUGGAUCAGGUCUAUGUACAAUCAGGCAGAAUGUGAACUAACAGGAUUUCUGGGCCCAAUACACGUGUGGCAGGGCAUGGAUGACCAUGUGGUUCCGCCAUCAAUGGCGGACUACAUAGUCCGAGUUUUACCGGAAACCAUUGUGCAUGAGCUCCCAAACGAAGGACACUUGUCAUACUUCUUUUUCUGUGAUGAAUGCCAUAAGCAGAUACUUUCCACUCUCUUUGGACCCCCUCAAGGUCCGGUUGUCAAUAACGUGGAAAUCGAGCAAAAUCCCUUGGAAGAAGAUGAAGUAGAGAAGCAAUGAAUUUCUACUUCUCCUAUAGAAUAACUCAUAGAGGCAUUGACAUGGAUUUCAUUCCCACAUUCGGAUGUAAAUACCCCCACAGGUAGCUCCGAUUCUUGGUGGAGCCUGAAAUAUGAGUUUUAGUUAAUUAAUUAUAUAUGAUGCUUAAAAUUUUUUGAAUGAUGAGCGCUUCUGACAAGAGCCAUUGAAAAUGAAUGAGACAGCUGAUUCAAUUUCUCGUUCUCUUUGAAGCUAGAAUUGUUUCUCCCAUUAUAUAUUGAUUAUUACCCUGUAGUAUUUCACCUUCAACUAUGUUGUACUGAAAUGAUUACUUCAAUCAAAUGAACGCUACAAUGAUGUUGAUGUUUUUCUC